CUGAGCCCAUGUGGCGUCACUUCCGCCGCUGCAUGUAAACAAAGCGGAGCCUGGCUGCGGUGUUUCUGAUGGAGACAGACUGAGUUAAAGCCGAGAAACGGAGGAUAAAGUCGGGUUAGUUCGGACAGCUGAAGGCCUGAGAGAUGGAGCUCCGCUCCGACUGAACCGGAAACAGCAACAUGUCGAUGGAGGACCCGUUCUUCGUCGUUAAAGGUGAGGUGCAGAAGGCAGUGAACGCAGCGCAGAGCCUCCACCAGCGAUGGAGCGAGCUGCUGCAGGAAGGGGGCGGAGCCUCCAAGGAGGAAAUGGACUGGACGACCAAUGAGCUAAGGAACAGUUUACGGUCCAUCGAGUGGGACCUGGAGGACCUCGACGAGACCAUCAGCAUCGUUGAGUCCAACCCCAAGAAGUUCAACCUGGACGCAGCUGAGCUGUCGAAGAGGAAAGCUUUCAUCACGAGCACCAGACACACAGUCAAGGAAAUGAAAGAGCAGAUGUCGAGUCCAACUGCUGCUUCAGGGGACAGAAACAACAAACAGGCUCUGCUGGGCGAGCGUGGUGCUCAGGCUCCGAGCUGGCAGGCCGGUCCUGAUAAAUACAGCCGACUGGACCGCACACUGCAGAGCGCCAACUCUCAGUUCAUAGAGGAGCAGCAGGUCCAGCAGCAGCUGAUGGCGGAGCAGCAGGAUGAACAGCUGGAACUCGUGUCGGGAACGAUCGGAGUCCUGAAGAACAUGUCUGAGAGGAUCGGCAUGGAGCUGGACGAACAGGCAGUGAUGUUGGAUGACUUCACUCAUGAGGUGGACAACACUCAGUCUAAGAUGGACACCGUCAUGAAGAAACUGGCCAAAGUGUCUCACAUGACCAGCGAUCGUCGCCAGUGGUGUGCUAUCGGCGUGUUGCUCGCAAUCCUCUUCGUCGUCAUCCUCCUCUUCUUCAUCCUCUGAUUGAUCCCUCCAGUCAGCAGAGAACUCGUCUUAAACCUUAAACCUGUGUCUCCUGGAAUAUACCGGACUAUAUCAGACUCUACUGGACUCUACUGAACUCUAAUGGACUCUAAUGGACUCAACUGGACCACUGCUUUCCCACUGUUGCACCAUUGUGAGCAAAGUCUUGGAGACUCAAGCCGCCAGAACAAAAACAUUAGUAUUAUCCCGCUGAUCGCUCUGCAGUUUCACCCUGAAACCCGCCCGUAACACACCGCCUCCGUGUAAACACCCA